AUGCAAGACAUUAAGCAAGCUAGCAAAAGUUUGAGUUCAGAAGUUCAGUCGACAACAUCGGAGUACAAGGAGAUAACUGAACUGAUUGGUGGGCUUCGUACAAGAGCUCUGCUUCUUCGCAGACAAUUGAUCUAUUUCAAUGGUGCGGAGUAUGAGACACUCCAUUGUUUCAUUCGACGUUUUAGCCUGUCAAUGGCCGAGAUGGAGGAGUAA